CCUCCCUUCAGGAAGGAGCUCAUCUGUGUCUUAGUUUGUUGUGCUCAGAUCUUCUUUUUCAACACGUUGGACCAUUUGAACAAACUGAUGGAGAAGGUUACACCUGAACACGAAUCCAGGAACCUAUCCUUGAAAAGCCAUGAUUCCAAGGAUAUUUGGAUUACAUUUAAAUCAGAUCAACCCCCGUCAGCAGAAAGAGUGGACCAGCAGAUCUCAGAGGUUCCCAGGGGUCCAUCUGCCCUGCAGCAUCAAACCCAGCUGGACACAAUAUUCAUGCUGCUGGAGGAAAACAUUGUCACUUUUGUGAAGAACGAGCUGAAGAAGAUCCAGAAGAUUCUGAGUCCAGAUGACCCAGAAUGCUCAGAGAGUCAGAGAGAUGAUGAUGAGGUGAUGGAAGGUGAAGAGGAAGAGCAGAGGAUGAGUAGCAGAGAGGCAUUGAUGAAGAUCGCACUGAACUUCCUGAGGAGGAUGAAGAAGGAGGAGCUGGCUGAACAUCUGCAGAGCAAACAUUUUGCAGCAGUUUGUCAACAUGAACUUAAAUCUGGUCUGAAGAAGAAUUUCCAGUGUGUGUUUGAGGGGAUUGCUAAAGCAGGAAGUCCAACCCUUCUGAACGAGAUCUACACAGAGCUCUACAUCACAGAGGGAGGGACUGGAGAGGUCAAUGAUGAACAUGAGGUCAGACAGAUUGAAACAGCAUCCAGGAAACCACACAGACCAGAAACAACCAUCAGACAAGAAGACAUCUUUAAAGUCCCACCUGGAAGAGAUCAACCAAUCAGAACAGUGAUGACAAAGGGAGUGGCUGGCAUUGGGAAAACAGUCUUAACCCAGAAGUUCACUCUGGACUGGGCUGAAGACAAAGCCCACCAGAACAUCCAGUUUAUGUUUCCAUUCACCUUCAGAGAACUGAAUGUGCUGAAAGAGAAAAAGUUCAGCUUGGUGGACCUUGUUCAUCACUUCUUUAAAGAAACCAAAGAAAUCUGCAGCUUUGAACACUUCCAGGUUCUGUUCAUCUUUGAUGGUCUGGAUGAGAGUCGACUUCCUCUGGACUUCCACAACAAGGAGAUCCUGACUGAUGUCACAGAGUCCACCUCAGUGGAUGUUCUGCUGACAAACCUCAUCAGGGGGAAACUGCUUCCCUCUGCUCUCCUCUGGAUAACCACACGACCUGCAGCAGCCAAUCAGAUUCCUCCUGAGUGUGUUGGCAUGGUGACAGAGGUCAGAGGGUUCACUGACCCACAGAAGGAGGACUACUUCAACAAGAGAUUCAAAGAUAAGAAGCAGGCUUGCAGUAUUAUCUCCCACAUUAAGACAUCACGAAGCCUCCACAUCAUGUGCCACAUCCCAGUCUUCUGCUGGAUCACUGCUACGGUUCUGGAGGAUGUGUUGAAGGCCAGAGAGGGAGGAGAGCUGCCCAGCACCCUGACUGAGAUGUACAUCCACUUCCUGGUGGUUCAGACCAAAGUGAAGAAGGUCAAGUAUGAUGGAGGAUUUGAGACAGAUCCACACUGGAGUCUAGAGAGCAGGAAGAUGAUUGAGUCCCUGGGAAAACUGGCUUUUGAUCAGCUGCAGAAAGGAAACCUGAUCUUCUAUGAAUCAGACCUGACAGAGUGUGGCAUCGAUAUCAGAGCAGCCUCAGUUUACUCAGGAGUGUUCACACAGAUCUUCAGAGAGGAGAGAGGGCUGUACCAGGACAAGGUGUUCUGCUUCGUCCAUCUGAGUGUUCAGGAGUUUCUGGCUGCUCUUCAUGUUCAUCUGACCUUCAUCAACUCUGGUGUCAACCUGAUGGAUGGAACACAAACAACCUCUAAGAGGUCUUCUAAGAAGCUAAAACUCAAGUAUCUUCAUCAGUCAGCUGUUGACAAGGCCCUUAAGAGUCCAAAUGGACACCUGGACUUGUUCGUCCGCUUCCUACUGGGACUUUCACUGCAGUCCAAUCAGAGACUCCUACACGGUCUGCUGACACAGACAGGAAGUAACUCCCAGACCAUUCAGGAAACAGUUCAGUACAUCAAGGAGAAGAUCAGUGAGAAUGUGUCUGCUGAAAAAAGCAUCAAUCUGUUCCACUGUCUGAAUGAACUGAAGGAUCGUUCUCUAGUGGAGGAGAUCCAACAGUCUCUGAGUUCAGGACGUCUCUCCACAGAUAAACUGUCUCCUGCUCAGUGGUCAGCUCUGGGUUUCAUCUUAUUGUCAUCGGGACAAGUUCUGGAUGUGUUUGACCUGAAGAAAUACUCUGCUUCAGAGGAGGCUCUUCUCAGGCUGCUGCCAGUGGUCAAAGCCUCCAACAGAGCUCUACUCAGUGGCUGCAACCUUUCAGAGAAAAGCUGUAAAGCUCUUUCCUCAGUUCUCACUUCCAAGUCCUCCAGUGUCACAAAACUCGACCUAUGUGACAACAACCUGAAGGAUUUGGGAUUGCAGCUUCUAUUAGCUGGAGUGGGGAGUUCAAACUACAACCUGGAAACCAUUAGACUGAGAUACUGCAACCUGUCAGAGCAAAGCUGUGGAGCUCUGUCCUCAGUUCUCAGCUCCCAGUCCACCAGUCUGAGAGAACUGGACCUGAGUAACAACAAUCUGCAGGAUUCAGGAGUGAAGCUUCUAUCCACUGGACUGAAGAGUCCAAACUGCAAACUAGAAACCCUCAGCUUGUCGGGCUGUUUAAUCACAGAAGAUGGUUGUUUUUCUCUGGCUUCUGCUCUGAGCUUGAACCAUUCCCACCUGAAAGAGUUGGACUUGAGCUACAAUCAUCCAGGAGAGAUGGGGCUGAAGCAGUUGUCUUUUGGACUGAAGGAUCCACAUUGGAGGCUAAACACUGUCAGGGUGGAGCCUGCUGGAGUCCGAUGGUUGACACCAGGUCUGAGGAAGUAUUCCUGUCAGCUCAUAAUCGACACAAACACAGUGAACAAAGAGCUCAAACUGUCUGACGACAACAGGAAGGUGACACGUGUGAAGGGACAUCAGUCUUAUCCUGAUCAUCCAGACAGAUUUGAUGUUCCUCAGCUGCUAUGUCGAACCGGUCUGACUGGUCGUUGUUACUGGGAGGUUGAGGGAAGAGGAGAAGUGGAUAUAUCUGUAAGCUACAGAGGAAUCAGAAGGAAAGGAUACAGGGAUGAUUGUUGGUUUGGACGGAAUCAUCAGUCCUGGAGUCUGUUCUGCUCUGAUGAUGGUUAUUCUGUUUGGCACAAUGGCAAAAAAACACCCAUCUUCUCCUCCGCCUCCUCCUCCACCUCUACCUUCUAUGUCUCCAACAGAGUAGCAGUGUAUUUGGACUGUUCUGCUGGCAUUCUGUCUUUUUUUAGAGUCUCAUCUGACACACUGAUCCAUCUGCACACUAUCAACAACACAUUCACUGAACCUCUUUAUGCUGGAUUUAGAACCUUUCCCGGUUCUUCUGUGUUUCUGUGUUGAGGUAACAGAGUCUCAGUGAAACAAUCAUGCUCUUGAACGCAUCCACUGUCCAUCCAAAUAAAAGUGGCUAAUAUUUUUUGGACAGACUUAAACUUGACAUUAUCUCUUUAAACUUCUGCAAUGUCCCAAAAUGUAUUUUUACAUUCGGUUUUCAUCAAAAUUUGCAGAGAUGAUAGGAGAGUUGGAUGCACAUUCUUCUCUAGCACAUCCUAAAGAUUCUCAGUGGAGUUUAGGUGUGGUUUCUGUGGUGACAAAUUAAUGUGUACAAUUCAUGUUUAAAUAACUAAUGCAUAAUUUGAGACUGAUUAAUCUUGAUAUUUUCAUCUUGGAUCAUGGCUGUGUCAUCAGUUAAAAAUAAAAGAUAGAGUAACAUGGUAAUGUAGUAUAUCCGAGUAGUCAGCUGACCUAAUUAUUUGGAUCCAUAAUGUUCCUUACUCUAGACAUGACUAACUGCAGCAAUCCCAGAUUGUGGCACUACCCCAAACGGUGCUAAUGUAGACACCAGGCUGGAUAGGUGCAUCUCUUACCAUAACUCUUAACGCCCACUAAGGAACAGGUUUCAUCUGGUCUCAUCAGACCACAUGACCUUCCAUUACUAUAGAGUACAUUGUCUAUAGUUAGACUAAUGGCCCCACCCAGGGUUGAUUACAGAAUGUUUACGGGUGUAUACUGGGAGUGGUGAGACUGGUUAGAAGAGUUCAAGUUGGCAAGAAGAUUAUGUCUCCUUAGUUGGCAAGUUCAAUCGGGACCUGUUUAACUGGCUACCUUGUUGAAAUGAUUCAUAGGGCCACUUUAGGGCAAGCUUUAAACCCUGUUACCAAUGGACUAAAUACAAUGAAAUACCCAUUAUGGGACAAAAACAAGUGAUGUGGGAAAAAGGCCAGUUUUAAUUAACAUUUUCCUUCUGGUGAUAUCUGAGUUAGUUUAUAUCCUGCUAAACUCAAAGCAUUAGGAUAGGCAUUGUUCUUCCCAUAGAACAUGCUGCUUUGCAACUUUGUACAGACCAAUAAAACUAGCUAAGGUGAAGCUGGGGUGGUGCUUCAGUUUGUUUUUUAAAAAUGUGCAAUCACUUUAAAAUUAAAUAUUGAGACAGGGACCACAAGGUGGUUGUGUUUGACAUCUACUAGUAGCAAGAUACCUUACAGUAGGAAUUUGCUGCUAUGGGACUCCAUAUUCCCACAGCACCAGACUGGAUUAGGCAAUGUACGGACAUAUCUAAUAGAUUAUAUUAAAUGACUUAAAACCAAAUUUUAAUAUAAGAUUUGCUCUGUGUAAUGCUGCUUCCAGAUUUUGGUUUAUUUUAUGUUAAAUGAGUAAUAACAUGUUAAUAUAUUGUGGUGUUUGUUGUAUUUCCUCAUUUUAAAGAUGCACUGAUCACUGGUAUUAAUACUAUAACCAUAAAACUUUAAGAGAUUGUGCUGUAUUUUUUAACAUUUAAAAAGAAAAACAAACAUAUACCAUGCCAUCUGGGUUUACUUUACUGAAAUCAAUGUGUUAUUUUCACCACCAGAGGGGGACAAAUCCCAAUCAAUAAAAAGUCCAACGUGUCCCCCAUUGAAGCGGAAAUUGGUUCCAUCAGAGUUGAACUGAAAAUUGAUCAGGAAAAUACCUUAAUAGCAGCUUGGUUUGCCUUCAGUCUGAGAGUCAUGAGAAGGGUUCAUGUCCUUAGAUGUCAUGUGAUCUUUUCUUUGACUGAAAGCAUCACUCACCAGUUGGACCAGUCUGACCAGUCAGAACACAUUUAUCACUGAAGCAAGAAGCAACCAGCAGCUCUGUUCUGAGUUCAUUUCUCCAAAUGACACCAUCGUGAACCAUUUCAUUAGAGGUUUCUUUCUUUCUUAUGAAGACUUUAUUGAACUGCAUGUGAAGUCACUGUGGACCUUUUCCUUACUGUGUUUUUUGGUGCUCAGAAAAUUAUGGAAUGUUUCUUUCUUUAUUUUGGAAUUAAGUGACUCGCUACCAAUCCUACUCCUGCUUCCAUCACAGGUGAAGCUCAGAUUCAUUUCAGGAAGAAGCUCACUGUCUGUUCAGAGUUUUCUUCAACACUUUGGACUGAUUGAACAAACUGUAAGUUUGCUUUGUUUCAUACUUGAAGUUUAUACUCAAGGAACUUUCCUGUUUUUUUUUCUGCUCUCUAAUGUUUGGAAAACAUGCACACUUCUUAUUUCAGCACAAAUUUUAAUAAAUUCAUUUCUUUACUUUUUGUUAAUUUGUUGAAAAUAUCAAUAAUUGUUUCCAAAUGUUAAAUUCGAUUUAGUUCCAGUCUGUUUUUCAUGGUAAUAAAGGAGAACAAAUAUUUA